AUGACUCAAGUCAUAUUUGAAACUUUCAAUGUUCCAGCUUUCUAUGUUGCAAUUCAAGCUGUUCUUGCAUUGUAUGCUGGUGGUCGUACAACGGGUAUUGUGCUUGAUUCUGGUGAUAGUGUUACUCACGCUGUACCAAUUUACGAGUGUUAUGCUCUUCGCCAUGGAAUUAUUCGUCUUGAUUUUGCUGGUCAUGAUUUGACCAAUUAUCUUAUGACAAUUUUUAUGGAACGUGGUUACUCUUUUUCCACCACCGCCGAACGUGAGCUUGUUAACGAUGUCAAAGAAAAACUUUGUCAUGUUUCUUUGGACUUUGAACAUGAUAUGCUAGAUUCUGUUCCUUUAGAAAGGUCGUAUGAAUUGCCUGAUGGUCAAAUUAUUACUAUUGGUAAUGAAAGAUCUCUAGUCUCUUUUCAUCACUCUCAAGAGAAAAGUUGUCCAAAUCAUCCUUUAUAG